GAGGGAAUAAAAGCGCUGCGGCCGGCUGGGUGCUGCUUAUCUACGUUGGAUCACUUCCUACGGUAACCUGUGCGCUGUCGAUCGCGAACACACCAUGGCCGGGUCCUUGCGCACCCCGCUGCUCCUGCUAGCCGCUGUGGCCCUGACUCUGGCCCUGGCUAUGAGUCCCGGGACCGGCAGGAGAAACAACAAGUCUGCGCUGGUGGGCGCCCCGUUGGAUGCCGACGUCAACGAGGAGGGCGUGCAGCAGGCGCUGAACUUCGCCCUCAGCGAGUACAACAAGGCGAGCAACGACGCGUACCACAGCCGUGCGAUGCGGGUGGUGCGUGCCCGAAAGCAGGUCGUGGCUGGGAUGAACUACUUCUUGGACGUGGAGAUUGGACGAACCAGAUGUACCAAGUCCCAGCCCAACUUGGACACCUGUCCCUUUCAUGACCAGCCACACCUGAUGAGGAAAACGCUCUGCUCUUUCCAGAUAUACACUGUACCCUGGAUGGGCAAGACAUCCCUGGUGAAGUCCAGCUGCCAGGAUGCAUAGAGGACCCUGUGACAGGCUGGGUUGCUCUGGCCCCCUUCUCCCACCCCGCUCCCCCCUUGUAGAACUCCUAAUCCUUGGAAGGGUAGCCCUGUCCAGGUGAUGUCCCCUCAGUGUGCUGGUCCCAGGAGACAAAUAGAAAAGGGUUCUGGGGCAUUUUCUGAACAGCUAAGUGACUGUAGCUCCUUUCUUUUAAUUGUUUUCCAAAUGUACCAGUAUGUAGUGCACUUGUUCUGCUCUAUCUUCAUCAAUAAAAAGUAACAUCAGCUA